AUGGCUACUGUCUCCCUCCCCGAACUUGCCGUAUCAACGUUCACUAAGGGGUUCGAGACGUUUGACCAUAUCCUGACCAAGGCCGAAGAGUACGCCAAGGAGAAGGGAAUUGACGCCAAUGCGACUUUCGUGCAAGCUCGCCUGAUUGAGGACCAACUCCCGUUCGCCUUCCAGAUCCAGAAUGCCUCCAAGGCCGUGCAAGUAAAUCUUGGUCGCCUCAGUGGUGUUGAGCCGACACUAUUCGAGAACGACGAGAAGACCCUGGAUGACCUGCACAAGCGCGUCAAGAAGACUCUGGAUCUUCUCAAGUCGUUUGAUGUCUCUACAGCCGCUGGAAGGGACAAUGAGUUGGUUGAGUACCCAUUUGGUGGCCAGACACGCAAACUUACGGUCAAGGCGGCAAUUGUCACUCAAGGGUUGCCAAACUUCUACUUCCAUCUUACCACUGGUUACUCCAUUCUGAGAUCCAGAGGCGUGCCCCUUGGCAAAGCAGAUUUCCUGACAAACUUCCUCGAAUUCAGCGCAUAG